AUGACAGCGUCACUGAUCCCUGCCAGGCUGGCGCUGCCUCCCAAGGGCCCAUUGCCGGAGAAGUGGCCUGGCCUCUUGCAGGUUCCUUUGCCUGCCUGGGGCCCACACCGAGCGACGCCUUGGCCCACGGGUGACAGUGGUUUUGUCUGUUAUCCUUUGCCUGGGGGGCGUUGGGACAGUCCGGUUUCACGCAGUGUGCUGGAGGAGCUGCACCCGGUGCUGUGCCAGGCGCGUGUGGCUCUCCAGGGGUGGGGGCUGUGUGUGCUGGGGGGGGGAGGGGGGGUCAGACCUCUGCAGCUUUUGCAUCUAUCGCCCUGGCAGGGGCUGGGUUGAGUUGGCGGGUCCUGGGCCGCUGCCGGUUCCCAGCCACAAACUCAUCCAGUUUUAGCGACUUUGCAAAGCGGGCCCCUUCUCCUCCCCAGGGCCCGCGGCCCCGCGCGUGGCCCGCCCUCCCCAGCGGGCCUUUUCCCGCCCGCCCCCUUGACACCUUUCCAGCCCCGCCGGCGGCCAGGGUCCGGUUUCUCCUGUCAGAGCCGGAGCCCAGCGCAAACCAAUGGCGGAGGGAGCGGGGCAAAGGCCCCCUAUAUAGCCCGGAGCCUGCGCGGCGCUCCCAGUGCGCCGAGCCGGCUCCAGGAGCGCAGCGCAGCGCAGCGCCCCGCGCAGCCCGGGCUCCCGCCGGAGAUGGUGCGACUCACGCCGGCCCUGCUGCUCCUCGCCGCCGCCAGCCUGGCCCUGGCCCUGGCCCGAGACCCCCGGCAGGAUGAUUCCCGACCUGCCAACACCAAUGUGCUGGGGAAACACCGGAAAAAGAGGCCUGAUGGAAAGCCUCUCCGCAUGGAUACAGCAGGCGCCACUGAGUGGACCUCCUGGUUCAAUGUGGACCACCCUGGCGGGGAGGGCGAUUACGAGAGCCUGGAGGCCGUCCGCUUCUACUACCGGGAGCGGGUGUGCACCCAGCCAGUCUCCAUCCAAGCCCGCACCACCGAGUGGGAGCUGCCCGAGGACGUGGGCGAGAUCGUGCACUACAGCCCCGAGAAGGGAUUCUGGUGCAUCAACCGGGAGCAGCCAGGGGGCAGAACCUGCUCCAACUACCACGUCCGCUUCCUGUGCCCCGUGGAGCAUGACGACUGGUCGCACUGGUCAGCCUGGAGUGCCUGUUCCAGACCCACCUGCGGGGGCAGCGGGCUCCAGACCCGACAGCGCAGCUGCCUCAACAGCCAGCCCCUGUCGCUGCUGCAGCCGGUGUGUGCCGGGAAAGCCACGCAGAGACGGGCGUGCAGCAGCGGGCCCUGCACAGAUGCUGGGUGGAGCGAGUGGGGCGCCUGGAGCCCCUGCUCCAAAAGCUGCGGUAGCGGCGGGAAGCGAGUCCGGCGUCGGAGCUGCAAGAAACCCGAGAGUUCCCACUGCGUCGGCCGCCCCUCGGAGGCGCAGAAAUGCGCCCGGACACCCUGCCCAGCCUGCCAGCUGAGCUGCGCCCUGGGUGCGGCGAACAAGAACUGCAGCAGCUGCACGUGCCAGUAUCACACCCUGGUGGGCACCGUCCUGAGCGCCGAGGGGGCCGCCCUCGCCAAUGCCCAGGUCUCCCUCAAGGCCAAACCACGGGCCGUGCUGGCCAGGACUGACCACCGGGGCAGCUUCAGCAUCCGGGGGGUCUGCGCUGGCAGCGGGGCCAAUGUCACCGUCCAGUUGGAGACGUUCGCCCCAGGCGAGGCUCAGAUUGUCUCCAAUGGCUCCAGGAGGUCGUCGGUGCAGGUCACGCUCCAGAGGCUGGAGAAGCCCUACAUGGUGACGCACCCCGAGUCCAAGGUGCGGGUGGCAGGCCAGGGCGUGACUCUCUGCUGUGCGGCCUCCGGCAACCCGCUGCCCACGAAAUAUUACUGGUACCACAACGGGACGCUCCUGGACCGGAAACUCCACAGGUACAAGAGCAGCUUGGUGCUGCGGGACUUGGAGCUGCGCCAGGCUGGAUUCUAUCACUGCAAAGCCAGCACCGACGUGGGCUCCAUCAAAUCCUCCCCCGCCUCCCUGACCGUGACUGGCCAGGGAGAGCCGAGCUGCCAGGCCGAGCCGGAGGAAUACCUCAUCAAGCUGCCCAGCGAGUGCUUCCAGGAGGCCGGGCGCUCCCCGUACUACAACGUGGGGCGCUGCCCUGACGUCCGCUGCGCCGGGAGCCUGAAGGACGAGCUGCAGUGCCGGGACGGGGCGGGACACUGCUGCAGGGUCCGGCGCAUGGAGGUGCGGGAGAUCCGCUGCGCCGGCUCCGUCCUGCCCGUCAAGGUGGUGGCCGAGUGCGGCUGCGAGAGAUGCGCCCGGCCCAAGAUCCUGGUGCACGGCAGGGUGACGGCAGCCGACAAUGGGGAGCCGCUGCGCUUUGGCCAGAUCUUCCUGGGCAAAGAGAACAUCGGCUUCACCGGCUACAAGGGCACCUUCGCCAUCGACGUGCCCCCGGACACGCGGCGGCUGGUGGUCCGGUUCGUGGACCGACUGCAGAAGUUUGUGGACACGGUCAAGGUCCUGCCCUUCGACCCCCGGGGCGGCGCCGUUUACCAGGACAUCAAGGUGAUGCGGAAGAAAGAGCCGGUGGACCUGGACUCCACGCAGGCCAAUACCAUCCUGCUGGGGGGGCUGGAGGGCCAGGAGCCGGUGGGGGAGAUGGUUUUACCAGCUGGAUCUUUCCUCCGGCCCAAUGGGGAGGUGUACAAUGGCACCGUGAAGGCCAGUGUGACCUUCCUGGACCCCCGGGACCUCACCACAGCGGCCGCUGCCUCCAGCGACCUCAACUUCAUCAACGCCGAGGGGGAUCUCUUCCCGCUGAGGACCUACGGCAUGUUCUCCGUGGACUUCCGAGAGAGCGAGUCCAGCCAGGUGCUGCGGACGGGCCGGGUGCAAGUGCGGGUGGACGCGGAACAUGUCCGCAUGCCCGAGCACCUGCAGAAGAUGAAGCUGUGGUCCCUGAACCCCGAGACAGGCCUGUGGGAGGAGGAAGGUGCCUUCCGCCGGGCCAAGGAGCGGCGGGGCAAGCGGGAGGAGAGGGCCUUCUUGGUCGGCAACGUGGAGAUCCGGGAGAGACGGCUCUUCAACCUGGACGUGCCCGAGAGCCGCCGCUGCUUCGUCAAGGUCCGGGCCUACAUCAACGAGAAGUUCAUCCCCAGCGAGCAGCUGGAGGGGGUGGUCGUCACCCUCAUCAACCUGGAGCCCGAGCCUGGCUACUCCUCCAACCCCCGGGCCUGGGGGCGCUUCGACAGCGUCCUCACCGGGCCCAACGGAGCCUGCCUGCCUGCCUUUUGCGACGGCCAGCGGGCUGACGCCUACACGGCCUAUGUCACCGCCACCAUAGGCGGGGAGGAGCUGGAGGCAGUGCCCUCCAGCCCCAAGCUCAACCCCAACGCCGUGGGGGUGUCCCAGCCCUACCUCAACAAGCUGGGCUACCGCCGGACGGACCACGACGACCCGCGCCUCAAGAAGACAGCCUUCCAGAUCAACCUGGCCAAGCCCAACCCCAACAACAUAGACGAGGUCAACGGGCCCAUCUACGCCUACCGGAGCCUGAGGGAGUGUGAGGAGGCGCCCGUUUCCGCCAACCACUUCCGCUUCUACCGGGUGGAGGUGGACAAGUACGAGUACAAUGUCGUGCCCUUCAAGGAGAGCGACCUGGCCUCCUGGACCGGCGACUACCUGUCCUGGUGGCCCAAUCCCCAGGAGUUCAGGGCCUGCUACAUCAAGGUGAAAAUCAGUGGGCCCCAGGAAUACAUGGUGAGGUCCCGGAGCGUUGGCGGCAGCCACCCCCGGACACGUGGCCGGCUGUACGGCCUACGGGACACCCGCAGCGUCCGGGACAUGGAGAUCUACAACACCUCGGCCGCUUGCGUGGAGUUCAAAUGCAGCGGGAUGCUCUUCGACCAGAGCCUGAUCGACCGCACCUUGGUCUCCAUCAUCCCUCAGGGCAGCUGCCGCCGCACCGCUGUCAACAGCCUCCUGCGGGAGUACCUGGGCCGCCACCCGCCGGUGGUGGAGAACAACGACACCGCGGUCUUCAACAUGCUGGCGCCCGUGGACCCGCUGGGCCACAACUACGGCAUCUACACGGUGACCGACCAGAACCCCCGGCUGGCCAAGGAGAUUGCCAUCGGCCGGUGCUUCGACGGCACGUCUGACGGCUUCUCCCGGGAGAUGAAGUCUGACGUCGGCACGGCCCUUACCUUCUACUGCCAGGAGAAGCCCAUCACCCGGCAGAGCUUCUUCCAGCGUCUGCUCAGCUCGCCCGUGGACACCCUGACCGAGGUCCGCCGCGAGAUGAGGGGGAACGAGCAACUACGGGCCCCCUCCCAGGUGGUGGCCUAUCCUGCUGGCCUCAGGACCGGGUUCUCCACCCAGACCCGACGGACCCCCAGCAGCCGCAGAAGGAUGGGCCUGAGCCGGGCUCAGCAGUGAGCGGCGCCAGCGCUGCUGGCCCCCCCAACUGACACAUGCCCCCCACACUCCCAUUCUCACAACAUUCCCUGGGGUCCCUAACGCAGAACACCACCCGCCCCCCCCCAAAGUGUCCCUCCUCCCUCCCCACCCAAGUCACUGUCCCCUAAGGUAUCCAGCUAAACUCUGCUAGUGCCCGUGGGGGACGCCAGCCCACAGACUUUCCUCGCAUGAAGUGUCGGCGUGGGGUGGGGGGACCCUUGUUCUCUAUCACUAGAAAACUCAGCUGAGGUGGGGGAAGCACCUCGUGGCUGGGAGUAGGCUCCAGCAUCGGACCCCAGAAGGGUCACAUCCCACACCCAGGGCUCUCAAUGGCCCUGAGCCAUAACAUCCCACCCCGUGUUAUGCAGCCCCCUGCCCCACCACAGGCAUAGCUUGAGGUCUGUUUGAGGAGCAGCCCCAGUCUGGCCAACAGGGCUGUGCAUGGAGGGGCCAGUUGUGCACCUGCCCAAAUGCCCCCCAUUCACCCCCCCCCCCAAACUAUGCCCAUGCUCCCCACCGCUUGCACCCUGCACCGGCUGGGGCCAGCAAAGAGCCAGAGGAUGGUUUCUGUUACUAACUUUGACCCAGCCAUCGUAUGCUCCAGAGGACGCUGCCAGCGCAAGGCGCACAGACCCGCGCCUGGAGAGAACCAGCCCCUGAAGUUAUUUUUUAAACAGGAUAUUUCAGUGAAAACAGGUGAUUUGACAGGAAUAGCAUCCCCCACCCCUGCUGGCAAGCCCCCACCGCGCUGCUCCCUGCAGCAAGGGCAGCGUCUGAAACUGACUAGAGCCAAAGGUGAACCUGACCAGCACCCCCUGUUUUCAGGCUGGGAAAGUGAACAAUACGGAGAAGCAAAUUAGAUAUUUUUACAUCCUUCCAGUGUUAAUAUUAAUGAUCUAAAGGGUGAUUAGCGCCGCAGCUAAGGAAAUCCACAGACACUAAGCCUAGGGUGACCAGACAGCAAAUGUGAAAAAUUGGGGCGGGGUGGGGGGUGAUAGGAGCCUAUAUAAGAAAAAGGCCCAAAAAUCGGGACCAUCCCUAUAAAAUCAGGACAUCUGGUCACCCUACCUUAGCCUGACAGAUCCUCUUCAAGCAUGAAGUGCUUCUAUUUGGGUCAGUGCAGGACAGGCCAGAAACAAAACCCCCUUGGAUGUGCUAAAGGGAAAGGAAGAAAACUAGAAAUUUGGCAUUCAUUUCAUAGUGCCCCCCCACCCCUGCCAGGGUAUGAAAAGCAACAGAAUUAUAAAGCAAAGCAAACGGAUUCUCCCCUAGAAUAGACCACAGGACUCCUAGAUAUGGGCUUCUCUACAGCAGCACUGGCGGAUGGUACCAGCCCCUUUUUUUCAAGCAAUCUUUUCUUUGGUGAGUGGCCAAAAAUUAAAACCAAAAUUAUUUUCUUUCCUAAUUGCCUAUGGGUUGGCCGGGUUAAAUACGUCCUCCCCACGCCUGGUAACGACGUUCCUCCCCGCCGGAAAAGAGGGGAAAUUAAGAAAAAGUGUGUAGCGGGGGAAAUGCCCCUUGGCAAACAGACCCUGAGCAGGUUUCCAUGCCAGAACUGGAUACGGCACCUGCCUGCCCCCACUUGACUCACUGCGCCAGCCAACCUUAAUGCGCAGUGAUUUGCAAAUCUCCAGCCUUGUGUCUGUAAGGUUCCCGCCGUGCCCAGCCAGGGACCAGCCCACACCAGAGCUGGCAGCGCCGCUUGGCUGGAUCCAGGCCAGUGUUGGGCCAUGGAACUUCCAGUGCAAGUGGCCUGAAUUAACGCAAGGGCCUGUCCUCCAGCCAGGCUGCUCCUGGUGUGUGAAACACAGGGGCAGGGUUCUGCU